UCAUCCGCUAACAGCAAUAAACGGUUGUUGUAGAUAUAGCGCAAAAAGUAAUAAUGUUGCUCAGUUAAAGUUUGUCGGCCGCGGCGAGAUGUGAGAUUAUAAUAUGCGAUAUAGCGAACGAUAAAAAGUGUAAACAUUCGAAUCGAUUAUUAAGCUAGUCCGGCUCGAUGGUUUGGUAUGGAACCUACCGCUGUGGGUGCCAAAGAACUCAAGCUGCGGACGCCUAGCCUAGUGACGUCGAACCGCGUGCGCCGUAAAUUCAGUAUUCCGAUCUCGCUGCCUCCGGGAGGCGGGCUGAGCCCGCCGGUGACGGAGCACGCAGCUUUUCGAAGAAGGUUCAGUAACGUAGGGGACGUGGUCACCAGGAAAUUAUCCACCACUAUAGGAUGGAGGACAGGCAUUAGUGGCAAUCCUCCCCAAGAAAUCGUAGCUGUGGGACGAGCUAUGUGCACCCUUUACGUGAGAACAAGACUGAAACGAGCAGGGUUGUUCAACAGGAAGCUAGGACUGACGAGGGUUAGAAGUGUGGUGGGGACUCUAGAUGGGUGCAGCAACAUCGUUAGGGACAUCUUUCCGUGUAUGUCGUGUGCUUGCACAGAGCUCGAAAGGAUGCACCCCAAGCUUUAUAGCAAAAUUCAUCGUCAUACGGGUCCGGGCCCAACCGAGGGUAACGUGGGGUUAUUGCUGGCAUUGGGACAUCACAUUUUACGAUCAGAACCGACAUGGGGAAAAAUCGUUGCAAUUUAUUGCAUAGCUGGUGGUUUGGCGGUAGACUGCGUUCGGCAAGGUCAGCCAGAACAACUGCACCUUAUCCUGGAAGAUAUGACGGAACUAUUCGAAGAGAGGAUUGCUUACUGGAUUCAAGCUAACGGCGGUUGGGGCGGACUUGGGUCGCAUUGCCACCAAAUGAACCAAGAAGUGUCCGUGGGACAGUAUUUGACCAUCUUUGGCCUCGUCACGGUGCUGUUUUUGGUCGCGUAUCUGCUAGUUAGAUUUUGUAUUAAAAUAGGUACUUAAAUA